AUGAUAUUGCUCCAAUUUGAAAUCACUUUCAUUCCCCUGCGUGCUGUGAAAGGGCAGGUCAUCGCCGACUUCCUUGAGGCACACCCACUGCCGGUGGAAUCUCCUCUAAAUGAUUAUUUACCUGAUGAGCAAAUCAUGAGUUUUGAGGAAGCCACAACUCAAACCUGGGAAAUGAAUAUUGAUGGUGCUGCGUCCUCUCAACGGGGCAAAACACCUGAAUCUACUAUUCCCGAGAAAGUUGGAUUUGGCCUGGUAUUCAUAACACCAGAUAAGGGAAUGAUGCACUUUUCUUAUCAUUUAUCAGAACCUUAUACGAAUAACGAGGCUGAGUACGAAGCUCUGAUAACUGGCCUGGAACUUGCAAUUUUAAUGGAGAUUAAAAAGAUUAAAAUCUUUGGUGACUCUCAACUGGUGAUCAACCAGAUUGCUGGGACCUAUAAGGUUUUGAAUCCUAAACUCCUGAAGUACCACCAGUACACAUGUCACUUGCUCGAGCAAAUUCCAAUUAUAACUAUGUAUAGGAUUCCCCGUGGAAGCAAUUCUUCGGCGGAUGCCCUCGCAAAGCUUGCAAAGGAAUUUGCCUGCCCAGAAGAAGACUCCAUCCCUAUAGAGGUACAGGGUCGUCAAGUCCUGUCUCCUAUAGAUUUGGAGUACAUCAACAAACAAAUUUUCCAAGUCUUUUUCACCUCUUUAGCAGUCGAUGAAGAAGCAGAUUGGAGACAACCGAUAAUUAAAUACCUUCAAGAAG